AGCAGGCAAGCGGAGUGUAACUGCUUGACACGUAGAACUAAAAUACAAUACUAGAGAAAUAGAUAUUUAAUAUAUAUUUUUGUACCAGUGAACUCGUUUUUAAAUACUUAAACGUCGUUUUUAUGCUAUCGAAGGUAUAGUGCUUAGAAAAUCAGCGACAAUCACAUUCGGUUGUUUCCGAAAAACUGUGUUUUUGUUUUCCCUUUGGUGCGAAAAUGCCGGCAUCAAAUCUUUUCGCCGAUAUGGAUCGAGGCAGUGGAAUUGGAGACGAGCGUGCUUUGCAGCUAGCUCUAGAGCUCUCUAUGCUCGGUUUCGAGCCCUUAAAUUCUGUCUCAGAACCCGAAAGUCCUGGUGAUAUGAAUUCGUUCGUCAACCCCCUCGCUAACGUGGGGUUGGAGGAAGUCAGAUCAAAGAAGUCGCAGAAUAUGACCGAAUGUGUUCCUGUACCCAGUUCGGAGCAUGUGGCUGAAAUCGUAGGCAGACAAGGUUGCAAAAUCAAAGCCCUCCGUGCCAAGACGAACACCUACAUCAAAACACCAGUCAGAGGCGAAGAGCCGGUCUUCGUGGUAACGGGUCGCAAAGAAGACGUCGCCAAAGCCAAAAGAGAAAUCCUAUCCGCAGCGGAACAUUUCUCGCAAAUCAGAGCUUCCCGCAAAAACAAUUUGGCAGGACUAGGAUCGGGAGCCAGCACCCCUCCAGGACCUCCAGCUAAUAUCCCAGGACACGUUACCAUCCAAGUCAGGGUACCUUAUCGCGUCGUAGGUUUGGUUGUAGGACCCAAAGGUGCCACAAUCAAGCGAAUCCAGCAUCAGACUCAUACGUAUAUUGUCACGCCUAGUCGCGAUAAGGAACCAGUGUUCGAAGUUACCGGGCUACCAGAAAGCGUUGAAUCUGCUAGAAGAGAAAUCGAAGCUCACAUCGCUAUGCGUACCGGUAAUGGCACCGCUAUAAACGGAUUACCAGGAUUGAACGGUUUAGAUGAGAAUGAUUUGAUCGCUUCGUUGUAUAAAUCCGGAUUAAGCUCCAUUUUAAACUACAUGGAACCAACGACUGAUACAUUUCCGACGAUGACUUCAUCGACAGGCAGUAGCGGAGCUUUUUCUAGUUCAGGUUCCUGCUCCAGCAGUUCCUCCAGCAGCGGCGGUAGAGACUUAGGAGCUAUUUGGAGCUCAAAUGAUAGAGACGAAGGUUUAGGCGAUUCUCCAAGCUUCGAUACAUCAACAGCGUUGUCUAGUAUCUGGUCGUAUCCAACAGUAUCAGCACCUUCUAGACCAUCGCCUGCUAACAGUACCAGCCCAGCGGAUUCUUUGCUCAGCUCAGCUACCAAAUGCUUGGUGUGCACCGAGUCCAAAGUGACGCACGCGUUGGUGCCCUGCGGUCACAAUUUCUUCUGCAUGGAUUGCGCUACUAGAGUAUGCGAAGGUAGCGAGACACAAUGUCCCGUUUGCUCACUACCGGCCAUACAAGCGAUUCGCAUCUAUUCGCCCAAUCCUUAAGUGCCCCGAUCUCGCUCGAAUCAUUUUCGCAUUCCCUGGGUUUCGGCCCCGUGUUCAACUUCGGCCCCUGUUCCGCUUUUAACCACAUCCUCGAACACACAUACAACGAAUGCUAAAUUUUUAUAUAUUUUUUGAGUGUCUGAUGUUUUUAGUUUUUAAUUUCGGAAUCACUUUUUUAUUUCGAUUAUUAUUUAGGUAAUUUUUGUUAAAUUUAGGGCUUGUGUGGUUAACGGCGCGAAUGGGCUGAAGCGUAGUCAUCUUUUAAUGCCAGUUCAAUAGUUUCUUUUAUUAUUAUAUAUCACGGUUUUUUUUUUUUUGAUAGUAUUAGAGUUAUAUUGGUUUAUUUUAUAUUUUUACAGAUUGUAUUCUAAAUAUUUUUCCGUCGUUUUAAGAGUAAAAGUAUAAAAAAGACAUGACGCUACACGACGUAAUUAGAGUUUUUAUAAUACCGUAUAAGUGUUUCGUUAUUUUUUUAAAUAUAUUUUUUUAAGUUUCGCCAUGUGAAAUGUCACAUUAUUAAAGUCUGAAAAACAGCAAUUCUCAAAAUAUUGUUUAAGGAAUAAAACUGAAAAAAAUUAAAAUAUUAUAUGGAUAAAAACAUAGCAAAAAAAUAUAAAAAAUAUAUAUUGAUAACUGAAGUGAGAAUUAGAUUGGUAGAUUUUUGAAAGAGGUUGGUUGUGUGCGGUGAGAGUAAUGCAAUUUGAGCAAAUAGUGGAUGCAGGUGCCACAAUUUCAAUUCCUCCAACUUCAACGCAACUUAGUCCGCAAAAUAUUUAUAACUACUUAUCUCGACGACAAUAUUGUUUCUGGCGAUUCUGCACUAUCACAGUCAGAAUUCAUAAUUAUCCUCAUCCUUAUCGACUAAUAAGAUUUUUAUAUUUUCUAUCACAUUUUUCAUAUUUGCCAGAUUUUGUAUUUCCAGUCACCUUUUUGCUGAUUUGAAGAAACUUUUCGUUUCUAAAUGGCAAAAAUUAUCGAACCAUCUCUGUGAGAUGAUAAUAUUUAUACAAUUAAUUUUCUUUUAGACAAAAUCAAAUAAUAUUCCCUUAAAUAUUUCAAAAGUAUAGAUAAUUCCAAUUAUUUAAUUUUUUUAUUAGGACUUUUCAUAAGACUGAACCAGAAUGUUCACUACGGUAAUUCAUUUCCGCAGUUUUUUGUUUUUUUGGUGCUCAAGCAAAAUAUUAAUCAACAUAUAUAAAAAAAAAUCUCAC